CAAGAAAAUAAAUUCUUAAAAAGUUAUAAAACUUUAAUUUUUCGACAGAUUUGUGACCAUUCAAAGAGUUCUGAUCAUUACAGUCCAAGAUUGUACUUGACAGAUAUGUCCAUUGAUGGAAAAAUGUGUCGAGUCUGCUUAGCAACUCAAUCGACAUCCAAAUUCAAUCAAAUUUUCGAAAAUAAUGGAAAAUUAGGAAAGCAAAUUUAUGAAUUGACCGGAAUUAAGAUCCUCGAAUUCCGACAAUGUUUAGCCUUAAUAUGCCUUAAAUGCACAAUAAAUCUUCAACUAGCUCUCGAGCUUCGUGAUUCAAUUUUAGACAACAACAGACACUUCAACGAGAUCUACAAAAUUUGUCAAUUUGAAGAAUAUGACAUUGACUUUUCAGCUAUUCAACCUAGUCAGUGGCCAGUGGAUCCAAAUGUUAUGGUCAAAAGUGAUCCAACGACUUCAUCAGACUUUACAUUCAACAAUCCUAUUGGAAACUUUCAUCCAUUAGAGACAGAAGAGUAUAUAAUAUCCGAAGUGAUAAAGGAAGAACCGAGAGAUGAAGUUGAGGAAUUUACAAACGAGACAAAAUAUCAAGCUACAAUAAUAAAAUCUGAAAUAACAGAAGAACCAGAAGAAAUUCAAGAAUUAAAUUUUUCAAGUCUACCAAUUGAAUUGCUGCAUACUUUAGACAGCAACAAUUCAACAGAUUGCGAUAAUUAUUUAGAUGAACUAGGUCAGCCUACAAGUCAAUAUUCAAGUGAGCUGGAUAGACAAGAAAAUUCAUUGACAGUUCACCAACAAAAUAGAAGAGCACUAAGUCCUAAUCAACUAGAACGAAAGCGUGCACGAGACAGACUGAGAAAGCAACAAAAGCGUUUAGCUGAGACAGAAGAAGAACGUGAAGCCAGAAAGAUAGCAAAUGCAGCCAGACAAAGAAAACGACGAGAACUGAUGAAAGAUUAUAAUUUAAAACGUAAAAUAAGUAAAUUAAAGAAGAGAAAUAACGAAACCGAGGAGCAACGUCAAAAAAGACUUGAAUCAGAACGACUUCGAAUGGCUGCAAAAAGAAAAACUGAAAAUGAAGAACAACGUCAAAAGAGGCUGGAAGCGGAGCGAAAUCGAGUUGCUCUAAAAAGAAAGACGGAAAGUGAGGAAAAAAGACGGAUAAGGCUUGAAGCUCAGCGCAUAAGAGUUGCACAAAGAAGGAAUGCGAAAAGAUCGCAAAAUAAUUAAACUUCAAAUGAUUAGAAAAUAAAACAAAAAUAAUUUAUUACAGCUCAAUCAUUAUUGUUGAAUUCACUUUAUGUUAUAAGUAUAGUUUGACUAUUGCUGUUCCUCGGGUAGCCUGCAUCCUUGUUGCUUAAAUGGUCUAUGAUACUGAGCUUCUUUGAAAAUCACACAAAUCAGUGAUGAUUCAUGAAAUUUGGUUUCCUUCAGAUCAGAGUUGUCAGCUAGCAAUUUCCUAUCGAAGGCAAAUUACAACGCAAGCAUUGCCUUUAGGAAGACGUAAAAAUUUAUCUUUGUGAAGGCAUGCCUAGGCAAA